AUGUUCUUCACUUUAAAAAUUUCUUCUGAUUUCUCCAAAGAUUUGAAAACCAUUGUGAGCACAAAGGACUGUGACUGGAAGUGCACAUUUAAUUACUCUGAGGUCACUUCGAAAACUAUCGAGUAUUUCCCGAGAAAAUGUGAAGAUGUGUGCGCAAUUCUCACGUUCAAUUCGAACACAGAUGUAGCUGAAUCCGAAUUGAAGAAAGUUUUCAAACAAAUGCAUUAUCUUAUCGGAGGUCUGAGAAUAGAGAAUUCGAAUAUAACGAGUCUAUCGUUUUUUACACUGUUGAAGGUUUAUGAUACUUUUAAUUUUAUUUGUGACACUUUCGGACUCUCGAUUGUCAAUAAUUCCCUCUUGGAAGACAUUGCGAUACUUCAAAACUUCCAAUUUUGGGUUACAUCUCACUCUGCUUACGAAUGUCCUUUUCAAAUUUCAAACAAUACGAAACUUGACACAACUGAUAACCUCUACGAUGUUCUAUUCGGUCCAUUAUUUAUAAAUUUGGAAAACCUACAUCCGGAUUUCUGUUUGACUUUUAAAGAGUUGUUAUUCUUUUAUGAGCAGAGGGUUAUAUUCAACAAUAUUCAUGCAAAGUAUUGCCCAGAAUCCAAAAAAAGGAUUAAUAAACAAAAGUUAUGUGAGAUUCGAAAUCUGGAUUCCUUAGAUGAUGAUUGCAACUAUUUAUUCGGAGACUUAGUCAUUGAUUCUUUCGAAGACUCUCAUCCUGCAAUUCUAGUCAGAUCGAACAAAUAUUUGAAACAGCUAAAACUUCCCAAUUUGAAGCACGUGAUAUCUAGAAAUAAAGACGCGGUAGUGAUUGAAGAUAACCCAGUAUUGUUCAGUAGUAAUAUGGAAUGUCUGAUGUAUCGAAUCACGUAUGCAACUAAUUUGAGAAUAAAUAAUGAGGGUUGUGGUGAGUUUGAUAGUUUUAUGACAUAG